AUGGCCGCCACUACUGAGAGGUUCAUGCAUCUCUCGCGCCCUCUGGCGCCUUCGCAAGCCGGACUGCAGACCAGCCUUGCCCCGCUCGCCGUCAACAUCCAGCCCCAGGCCAUCUUCUCGAUUCUCGACCACGCCGUCCGCCGAGAUGUCCGUGAUGCCUCGCAGCCAAGCCGAGUGAUUGGAGCGCUGGUGGGCACCCGAUCCGAGGACGGUACCGAGGUGGAGGUGCGGUCGUGCUUCGCCAUCCCGCACACUGAGGAGGAGGACCAGGUGGAGGUGGACGUCGAGUACCAGAAGAACAUGCUGGCCCUGACGCUCAAGGCAAACCCGCGCGAGAGCCUCCUGGGGUGGUACACGACGUCUCUGGAGCUCAACAGCUUCAGCGCGCUGAUCCAGAACUUCUUCGACAGCCCGGACACGGGCACCUUCCCCCACCCGGCCAUCCACCUGACGGUGUCGACGGACCCUGGGUCCGACAUCGAGACGCGCUGCUACAUCAGCGCGCCCGUGGCCGUCAACGCGGAGCGCGCCGCCGACAGCUGCUUGUUCGUCCAGGUGCCCCACAAGACGCUGUACGGCGACGCCGAGCGCAGCGCCCUCGACGCUAUCUCGUCAGUCCGCGACCAGGAGUCCCGCACCGCGCCCCUCGUCUCCGAUAUCCAGGCCCUCGGCCGCUCCAUCGAGCAGACAAUCACCCUGCUCGACUCCGUCUCCGACUGGGUCAACGGCGUCCUCGACGAGGACGAGGAGCCCAACAACGCCCUGGGCCAGUACCUCAUGAGCGCCCUCUCACUCGCCCCCAAGGUCGACCCGGAGCAGAUCGAGCACGACUUCAACAGCCAUAUCCAGGACGUCCUCAUGGUCAGCUACCUCGCCAACACCAUCCGCACCCAGAUCGACCUCUCCCAGAGGUUAGCCACCGCCAACCUCGUCCUCAACGACAAGGAUGCCGAGGGCAACAACGCCGGCAACAAGACAGCCGAGGGUGGAGACAGUAACAACAACAACAACAACAACAAGUCCGGCGGCCAGCGCAGUGGCGGCGGCAAGCGUGGUGGCCGUGGUGGCGGCAGGGGAGGUGGCCAGAACCGCGAGCCUCGCGAGCCUCGCGAGCCUCGCCAGUCGGCCGAGUAA